AUGUCUCUGUUCAAGGUGCGUAAUUGGUGGAAAACGCAGUGUCCGGCGGUGGAACCGGCGUACGAUUCCUUUUCGCUCCACUGCGCGCGGCUGUGCAUCGAGGAGGGCGAGAAGGACAGCAUAGUGGUGGGGUCCCACACGGGUCAGCUGUGCAUCUACCAACCGUCCGGCGGUAAGCCGGAGCUGCCCGACCUGGACGGGGAGGAAAGCGGCCAGCAGGAACAACCCGCGUUGGACGUCAACUCGGAUGCGUUCGAGAAUGUGUUCCAGCAUUCGGAUGUCAUCCUCGAGGUUCGGCUCCCGUUCCCGGUGAUCGGUGUGACCAGUGGCAAGUUCACCACAGCUGGUAAAAACGAUACACGGUUGCAGCUGGCCGUGUUGCAUCCGAUGAAGCUUUCCAUCUACCAGAUCGUGACCGUCGAUGGCAUCGCGGAGCACGGAGACCACACGAAGCUGGUGCCCCUGUACGACCACCCGUUGACCAGGCCAGCCUUCUCGCUCUGCCACGGACCGUUCGGGGGUGUGAAGGGGCGUGAGUUCCUGUGCGUCCAGCAUCUCGACGGAUCGCUCCGUUUCUUCGAACAGGACGGCAUCAGCUUCGAGCGCAGCCUGGCCAACGACAGGCACAUACCGUCACCGGUACAUUAUCUCCCGCGGGUGGAUUGCUUCGUAACGGUGGCCCCGAGCUGGACCCUGGAGUGCUUCCGCUACCAGGACAUCUCCGAGCCGAUCGAAGAGCUCCGGCGGCACGACCCAAUCUGGUCGCUGUGCGUGGGCGAAUACGCGCUCGAUGUGAAUGUUCACCAGAUUUCCAAUUCCGAAUCGGUCAUUGUCGUACUUGGGGAGAACAAUCUGGUGUGCGUCACCGACACUGGCAAGGUGCGUUUCAUCAAGAAGCUCGACUACUCGCCCGUCUGCUUUCACACGUUCGUCGUUGGCUGGUACUGGGAACCGGGCGCACGGUUGAUUCUAUCCGUCGUGUCGGAGAGCGGUUCGCUGCUGCUUUACGAAAACGAUCAAAUCAUUUGGUCCGCCCAGCUACCGGACGUUCCGGUGGCGAUCGGGCGGGCCAACGUUGCCGGACUGCCCGGUGCGCUCGUGACGCUCGGUCCCACCGGUGCCCUGAUGGUCGGGUACCUCGGCUCGGAGCCCCAGCUGUUCAAGGUGCCCGCCCUCAAUCUGGCUCCGUUCGAGAUUGCACGCUGUCAGCGGGAGCUGCUCGAGUUGGAGCGUGAAAUUCGUACCGGCGUGGACCCGAGUGACGCCAGCAUCGCCAAUGCGGCCGCCGAGCGGGAUGUCACCGUGCAGCUAGAGCUCGCCGAGGCCACCAUCACCGGCUGCACGCAUCCGACCGACAUCCCCAACGCCAGCAGUGUGCCGAUCGAAAUGUGCCAACUAUCCGUCACGGUUCGAGCGGAGCUGAACCUCGAGAUGCUGCAGGUAACGGUGGCCACCGAUCGAGCCGUACGCUGCACGAAAGACUCGUUCCUGUUCCGUGACGUCGUGGCCCACAGCACCGAAAGCCUCCAGGCGUGGAUCUAUCCCGGUGAACCCGCCAUCCCGGGGUCGCUCACUGUGGCGGUGUUUUGCUCGUACACCAACAAGCAGGGCAUCACCCGUGUCCUCCAGCGGGACGCCCAGCUACCGCUCCGGCUGUUCGUCAAAGGUUGCCAGCCGUCGAAGGAAGCCCAGCACAAGGUAACACUGUCCCUUGCCGGGGGGACAGGCUCGGCCGUUGGAACACUGGGACACCACUUUCCCGAGUUCCUCUCCGAAGGGACGUCCGGAGGUCCGAGUGCGCUGGGACUGCAGUCACUGACCGUUGGCGACGGGCGUAGGGUGACGAUUGUUGCGGCCAAAAAUACCAACCGUUUCCGGGUGCAAUCGGACGACCUGGCGCUUCUUUGCCUCGGGCUCGACUGUCUCGUGCGAAGGCUUUCCGAAGGUGGAGGAGUGGUGCGCCCGCCCAAGGUGAUCCUUGGCGGAGUGCCUUCGGUGAACGAGCUACUGAAGGUGUUUCAAACCCAUCACGAGCUGCGCAAGGAACUGAAACGAUUAGAGACUGAACUGGAAACUACCACCGGCCAGAUGCGACUGUUCGAGCGGCGGUUCGUCGUGAAGCUGCAGGAACGUUCCCUGCGGGCCCUGGACGGGACGCUGAUGCUGCUCAAACGAAACCACUCCGCCGUGGCCAAAGCAUGCCAGCAGCUAAAGUCCGCUCGGCAACAAGUGAAACUGUCCCAAAUCCAUAUGACGGCCGUUCUGCACCUGUUCGGUCUGUGCUACUCCCAUUCGGCCAACGUACCCGGCGGUGGUAAGUAUCUCGAGUGUCUCCGGGGUCUGCUGACUAGCACCGUCAUCGACAGCACGGAACAGAGCUACGAAGAAAUGUUACUCCCGGUGGUAAGGUUCCUCGAUCAGACGGGUCCACUGCGGAAGUCAACCAGUACCCCAGGUCCAAGCGGUGACAACGACGGGGUGAUCGAUGACGCACUCGAUGAAGCCACCCUGUACGGCACCGUUGGGGAAACCGAUCCCACCGUCUGCCACGAUCUGCUCCGUCGGCACCUUGUGCGAGUGCUCGGACGCGUCAACGAUCGAAUGGCAAGCGGAGCGAAGGCGGCACCCGGCAGCGGACGAAACAGUGUGGACUUCGAGGAUGAGUCUCUUCCGGAGGCCCACAAUGAAGACGGCGAAGAGGAGGAGGAGAACGAAGGCGAACAGGACAAGGCAGCUGAACCGAUUCCCGGAUCUCCGUCCCUCAAGAUCGGCUCGAGCGUCAGCGAGUGGGUGAACUACGAGAAGGUUUCGGAUCUGCCGAUGUAA